GAAAUUGCAAGAAGAAAAAACGGAGAAAUUGCUACGAUUACGAGUGUGUACGAUUGAACCGCGUCGAGGAGUCGAAUUUGCAUUGAAGCUUCUUCGAUCGAUUGCUUCUCUUUCCUUUCUCUGAUAAAAUGGCUUGUUCGAUUCCAGAAUCACGGUUAAGCUUCCUUGAUUUUGCCACUCUCGCCGCUAGUAAAUACCACUUUUUGCUUCCAUGGCGGUUAGCUUUUUCUACUUGGCUAUUGUAUUUGUCUUCCUCGCCGUCUUCGUGGUAAUAUGCUACCGUCUCCUCGAGUUCAUGAAGAAAUCAGAGACUGCGCCUAGGUUAACUCGGCGUAGUAUUCCUGUUUCUGCUUCAGCUGCUUUGGCGGCGGAGCCGGAUGAGGAUUCGCCGUCUCGGUCUGUGUGGAAUUACGACGUCUUCCUCAGUUUCAGAGGUACAGAUGUUCGUAAAUAUUUCGUCAGCCAUCUCUACGAGGCUCUCAAAAGUGAAGGAAUCGAACCUUUUCACGACGACAGAGAACUUCAGAAAGGCGAUUACAUCUGGAAGGGACUCGACGAAGCGAUGAUUGGGUCACUACACGCCAUCGUCGUUAUAUCCAAGGGCUACGCUACCUCUCGCUGGUGUUUGGAAGAGCUUUCGGUUAUGAUCGACCUCGUUGAGAAGAAACGCCUUCAAUUGAUACCUAUAUUCUAUGAAAUUGAUCCGUCAGACUUGAAGAGACGAAGCGGGUGCUUCUACGAAGCUCUUAAGAAUCAUGAGCUGAGGUAUGAUCUGGAUACGGUGGAUAGAUGGAGAACCGCUUUGUCUGAAGUUGGAAAUAUUUCUGGCUGGGAUUCCAAAAGCAGGAAAGAGGACUCAGAGCUUAUACAGGUAAUAGUUCAAGAUCUUUCUGACAGAUUAUCAUCACAGUCAUCUGGUGGCACAGAUGGAUUGGUGGGGAUGAGUUAUCACAAGAAAGUCAUGGAAUCUUUCUUGUCAAUGGACUCCGGAGAUGUCCGAAUGGUAGGAGUCUGGGGUAUGGGUGGAAGAGGGAAAACCACCAUUGCAAAGUAUGUCUUUGAAGAAUUUUCUAGUCAGUUUGAUGCUCGUUGCUUGCUAGAAAACGUGAAAGGAGAUUUCAAACUAUAUGGUGAAUCACAUUUGCGAAAGAAAAUCAUGUCUGGAAUCUUCCCGAAGAGUCCCCUGAAUGCACGAUGUAUCAGCCCUGAUGCAAUGAAGCGAAGACUUCGUGGCAAGAAGGUCCUUCUCGUCCUCGAUGAUGUUGAUGACAUUCAACAACUGCGCGCAUUGGCUGGAAGCUGCGAGUGGUUCGGACCAGGAAGCAGGGUCAUAAUAACUACACGAGACAAGCGUGUGUUAGAUGAGCAUGAUGUGCCACACAUUUAUGAAGUGAAGCCUCUGAGGACUACUCAAGCACUUCAGCUUUUCAGUGAGCAUGCCUUCAAAAUGAAUCAUCCACCAGAAGGAUUUAGAGAACUUUCUCUAGAUGUUGUUGAGCAACUUGGUGGUCUUCCGCUAGCGCUUCGAGUUAUUGGCGCAUCCCUAUAUCGCCGGGAAAUAGCAUUCUGGGAAGAUAAGCUGUUUAUACUGAAAAAUAGUCUUGAUAAAUCUAUCUCACUGGCGUUGAGAGUAAGUUAUGAUGCACUGGAUGAGCAUGAAAAGAUUGUUUUUCUUUAUGUUGCUGCUUGUUUCGAUGGGGAAUAUAGGGAUCAAGCGACAAAUAUACUAGACCCCUUUGUCAUUUCUUCUAGACCAAACCUUGUGACGCUGAUGGAGAAAUCUCUUAUCAGUAUGACAAGAGAUACGAGGCUAUGGGUUCAUGAUUUACUUCAAGACAUGGCCAAGGAUAUUAUUUGUGAAGGAAAAAAAGAAAAACCAUGGAAGCGUAAAAUGUUGUGGAAGUUUUUGGAUGUCAAAAGCUUGUUCACUGAAAAUAUGGGAACUGAAGACAUUGAGGUUGAAAGUAUAUUGCUCAACAUGGCUGGAGAAACAGAGCUUAACAUUAACCCUGCAGCGUUUAAGAGGAUGUUCAAUCUCAAAUUUCUUAAAAUACGUAAUAAUAACACUGUUGGAGGGAGUAAAGUGCACAUGGUUAACGACCUUGACUACCUCCCUCCACUGAGAUAUCUUCGAUGGGAGGCUUACACUCUAAAAUCGCUGCCUUAUCUCUUCCAGACUGAACAUCUAGUUGAACUAAACCUCCCUUAUAGUUCAGUUGAAACAUUAUGGAGCGGAACUCAGGACCUUCGAAGUCUAAGGCACAUGGACCUUAGUAGAUGCAGGCACCUGAUUAACAUUCCAGACCUUUCUAAAGCAAAGAGUCUUGAGAGUUUAUGUCUUAGUAACUGUGAGAGUUUGGUCGAGCUUCAUUCUUCUCUUUGGCAUCUCGAUAAGCUAGUUAAGUUGUGGAUGGCAAAUUGCACAAAACUCAAGAAUCUUCCGUGUAACAUCUACUUGAAGUCCCUCCAGAGUCUUUCUCUAGACGGAUGCACAAGUAUAGAAGAUUUUCCAUUUGUUUCCGAUAAUAUUGAGAUGUUGGGACUGAUGGGGACAUCAAUUGAAGUAGUGCCAACGUGGAUCGACCGUCUCUCAAGGCUCAGACUUCUGCGGCUGUCCAAAUGCAAGAGACUGAAGAAUCUCCCAGACACCAUUGGGAGCUUGGAGUCACUCAGAACUCUCUGGCUUGGUUGCUGUCCCAACGUCACAGUUUUCCCAGUACUUGGAAAUGGAAUAGUAAAACUGGGCUUGAAAGGAACAUCGAUAGAAGAGGUGCCCUCAACGAUAGGUGAUAAGCUGAAUCUCAUGUACCUUUGCUUGUCAGAUUGCCAGAGGCUAAAAAAUCUUCCUCACACGUUGAGCAACUUGAAAAACCUGAAGUUGCUUUAUCUCCGUGGAUGCACCAAUAUCACUGAGCGCCCACAUGUUGCAGGGGACAUCAGAAGAUUGGAUUUAUAUGGGACGUCAAUAGAGAAUUAUGGCCCUCUCUCUGAAGAGGAAGCGCUUGAGUUGCGCAAUCGUGAUAUAGACUUCCUGAAGGCGUUUGUCACUCGGCAUGUCCGGAGAUACAAGAAAAACCGGAAGUCUAGAUAGGUGAUGAAUGCUCAAGGACUCGGAUUUGCGGUUGGAUGCUCAAUCUGGCUUUUCCUUUUAUGAAUGAUAGGAACAUGUAUUAGUUCAAUUAGUUCUGUUUGUUUCAUAUCCGUUUAUCCGAAUUGAGCAGCAGUUUGUGGGAUUUUGCUGAA